AUGACUACUAUAACCCCGCCCACCCUCCCCUCCGCUCCCCCCAUCACCAUAUCCCCAACCAUCACCCUCCAACCCCCGCUCUCCCGCUGCGGCGAAGGCCCAGGCCUGCUCCUCAUCCGCCCCGCCAACCUGGUCAACUGCCAGGCAAACAACACCACGCUCGACCCAGCCCCGAUCCAGAAAUGGGCCGAGGAGAGCUACACCGUGGUGGAGAUCACCCUCGACGCCGUGAGCAGCGGCGACGCGGCAGGUGUCGCGGAUGCUAUCUCCGCCGCUGUACGGGCGUUAUCCGGAUACCCGCAGUGCAGUGGCAGCGGUGCCAAGUUCGGGGUUCUGAUCUACGGCUCCCCACGCGACUACGCCCCCUCCUUCCCCCAGCUCCUCCAACAAUCCCUUACAGCUCUCACCACCACAGCGCAAAUCCCCGUGGCAGCAGCAGCAGCAGCAGCCAUCUACUUCAGCAGCUGGGCGAAUCCACCCACCACCCUCCCAGCUCUCUUUCACCUCCCCGCGGGAGAAGCCCUCCCAGAGAGUACUAAUCCCACGAAAGUCCACCACUACCCGGGCACCCCCUCGCCCGGAUUCAUUGUGCCCGGCCACGCGGACUUCACGCCCAGCGCCGCGGGGGUCGCGCACACGCGGUCCCUGACCUUCCUCAAGCCCCGCAUGGGCGGGCCGUACUUCGACCUCGAGCAGAUCUGGGAGGAGCACACGCACCACGAGUUUGGGGACCGGUCCGUCGAGAAGACCAUGGCCACCAUGGUGCAGGAGCCGUAUGUGAAUCAUAUUCCGACGAUGACAGGCGGCACCGGCCGCCCAGCCCUCACCCACUUCUACGAGCGACACUUCAUCCACACCAACCCAGCGGAUACGUCCCUGGAGCUGAUCAGCCGCACCGUCGGCGUGGACCGCGUCGUCGACGAGUUCAUUCUGUGCAUGACCCACGACACAGUGGUGGACUGGCUGGUCCCGGGCAUCCCGCCCACCGGCCGCCCCCUCCGCGUCCCCUUCACCGCCGUCGUCAAUAUCCGCGGCGAUCGCCUGUAUCAUGAGCAUAUCGCGUGGGAUCAGGCGACCGUGCUGCGGCAGUUGGGGCUGUUGCCUCAGUUUCUCCCGUUUCCGUAUGCGGUGUCGCUGCCUGCGGGGGAGGGCGAGGGCGAGGGCGAGGGCGAGGGCGAGGGCAGGCGGUGGGAGUAUCGCGUGCCGGCGGCGGGGGCGGAGACUGCGCGGAAGUUGCGGGGGGAUCCGGGGGUGGUGUCGAAUGGGAUGAUGGGGUUUGAGGUUCGGGAGGUGACGGAUUCUUAG